UCCCGCCCGCACCCCGCGUCCAGCCGCGGCGGCAUCGCGGCUUGGAGCGGAGCCGCCCGCGGAGGAUGAUGGCUCCGGCGACCGCCCCCACGGUGGGGGGCCCGCUGGCCCUGCUGGACCCCACAGGGCAAUUUGCAAAAAGGAAGAAGACCUCACUUUGGUUCACAGUCUCUCUACUGGUGGUGUCGAUUUUCAUACUGACCAUAGGUCUGGCAGCUACAACAAGAACAGAAAAUGUUUCUGUGGGAGGCUACUACCCAGGCAUCAUUCUUGGCUUUGGAUCUUUCCUAGGGAUUGUUGGCAUCUACCUGGUAGAGAACAGAAGGCAAAUGUUAGUAGCCUCCAUCGUGUUUAUCAGCUUUGGCGUGGUAGCAGCAUUCUGUUGUGCAAUAGUUGAUGGAGUGUUUGCAGCACGGCAUAUAGAACCUAGACCUUUGUAUAACAGAAGAUGCCAGUAUUAUUCAAGUGGAGUAGGAUUCCUAUAUGAUGCCUACCAAACAGAGGUGACAUGUUAUACCUUAAACACCAGGUGCCAGCUGAAAGUUAAGAGUAAUACAUGCUAUUGCUGUGACCUGUACAACUGUGAGAACUCAGAGCAGUCCUCCAGCUACUACGAAUUCCUUGGCGUGAGCAGUUGUCAGGAUGUGGUUCACCUGUAUAGGCUGCUGUGGUCCUCCACAGUCCUGAACAUCAUCGGGCUGUUUCUGGGGAUCAUCACAGCAGCCAUUCUUGGAGCAUUUAAAGACAUGGUACCUAUGUCCCAAAUUGCUUUUAGCGCUGCACCACCUCCUCAGAUCCUGUACAACCCUGCCCAGCAGAUCCUGACAUACGCUGGAUUUUGUCCUUCUGCAGCAACAAUUUCUACAUAUCCAUCCUACCCGUUACCCCUUCAGGCACUUUAGGCCUGAACCUGAAGGGAGCUGAGCACAACUCUUCUGAUGAAGCCCAUGGACUGGCAUGCGUUGGCAUGUGAGGGGAGGAGUGAAAUCCUGACCCUCUUGAGAUAAAUGGCAAAACUUGGCUUAAAGUAGUAGUAGGAUUGUAUCCAAAACCUUAGUCCCUGGAUGCAUCCUUAUGUUUGAACAAACCCUGGUCGUUACUCAGCAUGGGCUGUUUUCCUAAGGUCAUUUGUCACGCCUCUUUCCAGCCAAAGCCCCAUUAUAACUAAGAGAGCUGAAAAAGCUACAGGGAGACACAUGCCUGUGAUUUUUUUGUGUAAGAGAAGUCUGCAUUUGGCAUAACAAUAAGACCCUUCAGUUAAGCAAGUAUUACAACUCUGAGAUCAGUUAAAUGUCAGUGAUGCCUGAAGACUAGCAGCUCCAUAGAACUUAAGCAGCCAGUUUUGUGCCGGGCCUCACCCAGGAAACCUGCAGAAAUUCCUGUUCUGUUGCUUAGCUGUACGCACAAUAAAAUGACUUGGGUUACAGAUGGAAUCUGUAUUCUUUCACUAUAAGCUGUAUUUGCUACCCUUAAGCAGGUGUUUGGAGAGUUACGCUGCAACACAAGAGAAAAUUAACCAUAGGGGCAUACUGGAUAAUACUUUUAUGACAAACAACUCAGAGCUACAAAAUGGGGUCUUAAUUGUUUAUUGAAGAAAAUAUUUUUCUUUGUCUACAUACAGCCUGCCAGCAAUUUUCCAGGAACAUCAUCUACUGACAUUUCUUUAUCAGAAGAAACUCAGCCUCCAUCUCAGUCCAGCUCCAGCUACGGUCUUCCCCCCAAUGCUCCACCCCUCUAUGCACCAACUUACUUCUUGCCUGGAGAAAAGCCUCCACCAUAUGCUCCGUAGGACUGAGUAUUUAUUUUAGGUAGUUAGCAGGCAUUGUUUUUCAGAACCCUUUGGAAACCCUGUGCUGUGCAGGCACUAAUUAGAACUCUCCAAGGAACCCACUACAGAGUGUGUUACAGCCACUCUGCUUUUAGGCACAUCUCACUAAGCAGAGCAGAAACCUGCAAGUGUCAGGGCAGGCUCAUCACCAGCGGGGUGACAGGUCACCACCCAGUCUGCCUGCGGUCAAAUGCAGUACUGCUUUCUGCUUACCACCAGUCCUUUCCUUCUCCAUAUACUGCAGAGUGGUUUUUCUUCAAGAGGAGAAUUGAAGCAAACAACUCUGGAUAUGUUCUCUGCUUUCAUAAACCAGCAUAGGAGGGUUUUAGUCUGUGUUGUCUGAAUGAGCAUUCCAGAGCCCUACAAGUUAAUUGCUUUGGGUAAGAAGAAACUUGGUGUUUGUUUGCUUGUGUUAUUUAUUUAAGAACCCAUUUUUUUUUUGUGAAAGCGUUGUACCAAUAAAAAAAGUGUGUCAAUUAUUUUCCAAUAAAAUUGACUGUGUAUAUUUAUGCCGUA